AUAUAGAUCCAUUACAUAUCUCUGAAAGAAAUUAUCAAGUAGAGAAUAUGAUAGAUUUGUUAUAUUUAACAGAAAGUGAAGAGAGUUUAAAUGAUCCAAAAAAUUCUAACGAUAUAUCAGAAGGAUUAAAAACACAUUAUAAAAACAUAUCCCAACAUACCUAG